CAUUUUUUUUUCCCCUCAUAUUUUCUGUAUAUCGUAUGGGGGUGCGGACCUCGAAAAUUCGUUAUUGUUUAAUAGCCGCUCCUAUGAUGACGCCGUGUUAUUCUAAGCAAUGUUGAGUUCCCAUCCCUCCAUUGAUAUGCCUUCCGACACCCAUGCAUUGCCCUCUUCUCUUUCUCCCUCCCCUCAGUUUGUGCCUCACAGAAAGAAAAUGAAAAUAAAAAUGCAAAACCCAAUGUCCAACACUACUUUUCUUCUCAAAGAAGCCCCCUGAAUUUGUCGAGGAAGAGAUUGAAAAUCUGGCAAGAAAAAUCACACAAAAAGAGUUGGUUGAUAGCUUUAGCCUAAUCGAUCUGCUAAAACAAAUGGGAUGAUUGAAUAGAACUUCAAUAAUAGUGUAAUCCUUUUGGGCAAAAUCCAGGAAAGAACUUCGAAUUUCGGAUAGACGGUAGCACGGAGUUGGUUAUCCAACUUGUAGAAAUCCAUGAGGCCUAAAUUUAUUCAGACAAAUUAAUUACUUGAGGGAGGUGAAAUUUCUAUAGGAAAAAGCUCUGCUUAUAUGAGGCCUGGUGCUGUAGCUAUUUUAUUAGACGCAUUACUAGUUGGUCUUGUAGAAGUGGACAUGGGAAGAUAAACGAAGGAGGGUGCCAACUCAAUUAUCUUUUGAAUUUAAAGCUUGUAACUUUAUAUACAAGAUGAGAAAAUAAUAUGCACAAGUUUCUUGCACGCAUGGAUUCUCAUGGAGAUUGAGGAAGAAGUUUGAAAUUCUGGAAAAUACUCUUGCAAAAGGAAAUUCAUUAUUGGUUCAGAGCAUGACAUAUGAACUUUCUAGUACUUCAGGCCGACAAACUAACGCUGCUUCGGCCAAUGUUAUGCCAAGUGAUGAAAACUCUGGAAAUAAAUGUCCGCGUAAUGUAUCUGUACAGACCGGGGAAGAAUUUUCACCAGAGUUUCUGAAGGAUCGUCGAAGAAUAAAUGUAGUGAAUGAUCUCGAUCAAAGUCCAGCAAAUAAAGCAUGUUCUGAUGUUGUACCGAAUCACCAUCUUCUGUAUGAAGAUCUAACAGGAGUUCUUGGAACAAAGAACACAGAUUCAGAGGGUCGUACAGAGUUUGCAGGUUUUACUCCUAGUAAAGGAUAUGGAUUAAAUGUGGAUAAUAAGACAUAUUUGGAUGUUACAAGUAGAUAUUGCCCGGAAUACAAGGCCAGUGGACAACAACAAGCAAAGUUCUCGGAUGACUUUUACUCUGAAAAAGGUGGUCCCAUUCCAGCUGGUCGCACUAUUCAUGCAUCUGACUCCCCUAACGCAUUUCAGGCUUAUAAUCAAGCAUCAGGAGUUUCGGACAGUUCCUUUACUGGAAAGAUGAAAUUCCUCUGCAGCUUUGGUGGAAAAAUAUUACCUAGACCAAAUGAUGGGAAACUUAGAUAUGUUGGCGGGGAGACGAGAAUUAUAUCCAUCAGACAGAACCUAACGUAUUGUGAGCUUGUAAAAAAAACUACUGCAAUUUGCAAUCACCCUCAUACAAUCAAGUACCAGCUUCCCUGUGAAGACCUUGAUGCACUUAUAUCUGUUUCUUCUGAUGAAGAUCUUCAACAUAUGAUAGAGGAAUAUCAUGAUUUAGAGAGAAGUUCACAGAGACUAAGAAUAUUUCUUGAAUCUUCUUUUGAUUCCGAGAGCCCAUGUUCGUUGGAAGCAAGGACGUUACAACAAAGUGAUGUUGAUUAUCAAUAUGUUGUAGCAGUUAAUGGCAUGCUUGAUCCAAGUCAUAGGAGGAGCUCUAGCAGGGAAAGUAACUUGGAUAGUAGUCCAACUCUGCAAAGGGACUCCCCUACUUCACUUCAUGUGUUAGAGAAAUGGAAUGGAGGCAAUAACAUAAACAACAAGUCGAUGUUUCCAAUUCCCCAUACUCACCUUCCUAAUGCACCUGCCCUGUCUGAAGUACCAGGUUAUUAUAAUAAUUAUCAUGUUGAUACCAUGCAAGUGAUCAGUAGCCAGCAGCUGAAUAGCCACCUGAUAGAAUCCAAUCCAACUCGUGCAGUGCAUUCUCACUUUCGUAGCUGCAGUAAAGAUUUUGAUUCUUCUUCACUUUAUGAUCAUGGUGGUUUUGACUACAGGAAAAAGUUACAUUCUUCUCAAGAUACAAUUAGUUUGUCUCCUGCCUCUGAUGUUCAAGCUACACUUUAUCAGAGAAUACCUCAUUUGCCCCCUGAAUCACAAAUGAAGAACAAAGAGAUGCCUGGUGUCUCUUUAGAAGAAGUUGCAGACACUUCAUUGAAUCUUGUAACUGAAAAAUUGCCCUCCCUUGCAAUUUCCAAUUUGUUGGGAGGAGGGACAAUGCAUCAGCAACAGAUAGCAGAUGAAAAAUAUCAACUGUCUAGGAAUGAGGAUCAGUCCUGUAUGGAAGUUCCGAAUAUUAAGGAAUAUACCGAAUACGGUCAAGAUACAAUGAUGUGGUUGGAGGAAGCAGAUACUUCUCCAGAUCAAGGUAGGAAGAAUAAUGACAUUAGCAAUAAUUAUGUAGCAAACGCAAAUGUUGUGGAAUGCAAGAUUAAUUUGCCAAAAAUAUUGUGUCAACCAGACUCAAACCUCAGUUUUCUUGUCUCAUUAUCAAAGUCACAAGUCCAUGAAGACAAUAGUUCUUCUUUACUCACAAACUCUGAGGAAAAUUCUAGAAAACAUUGGAAAGAGGAAACUGGAACUUACCAAGUAAGUCCAGUUGCUCAUGAAUUUCUCGUCAAGAACCCAACAAAAAUAAAAAAUCAGAAGAGCAGUAGCCCUAACAAAAUUAACAGUAAAGAAGCCUUGCACAGAUUUCAUGGGAUUAAACCUGUUAGGCCCGAGGGAAUGGUUGACCAACCACCAGUUCAAGGAUAUGAAUCUAGUUUUGCUGAGAACUUGAUUGUUCCUCUUGUUACUGACUUCUCAUUGGUAAAACAUACCACAAAAGAUGCUUUACAUAGAGAGACCUCUGUUCACGAGGGAACACUGUAUGAUUUCCAUCAAAGUGGUGAUCCUCCUGGGAGGCUCAUAGAUGGAACCUCUGUCCAUUCUCGACCCCGAGAUAAUCAUCAAGGAAAUGGUGAAACAGAAUUGCCUCUGAUUGUUGAAGAUGUAACUGACAAUGUGCCUCCCGAUGUCCCCUCAUCCUCGACAGCUAUCCCUCAUGUGCAGGAUGAAACAAUUGAUGGGAGCAUAUCCUGUGGUGAAGAAACACAAUCUGAGAGUUUUGUCCCGGAAUCUGACUCUGAUGACGAUAAAGUUGUCAAAGAUGAUAACGGUGAAUCCAUAAGUGAUUCUGCAAUUAUUGAAAUGGAAGCUGGCAUAUACGGUUUGCAGAUCAUAAAAAAUGCUGAUCUUGAAGAUCUACAAGAGUUGGGAUCUGGCACAUUUGGAACUGUAUUUCAUGGAAAGUGGAGGGGAACAGAUGUUGCCAUCAAGAGAAUAAAAAAGAGCUGUUUUGCUGGGAGAUCAUCUGAACAAGAAAAACUGACUAAAGAUUUUUGGAGAGAGGCUCAUAUUCUUUCCAAACUUCACCAUCCAAAUAUAGUAGCAUUCUAUGGGGUAGUUCCUGAUGGAUUGGGGGGAACAUUGGCAACCGUGACUGAGUACAUGGCCAAUGGAUCAUUAAGGCAUGUCCUCUUAAGGAAAGAUCGGGCUCUUGAUCGUCGUAAAAAAGUUAUAAUUGCACUAGACGCUGCUUUUGGCAUGGAGUACUUGCAUUUGAAAAAUAUUGUUCACUUUGAUUUAAAAUGUGACAACUUGCUAGUCAACUUGGGAGAUCCGCAACGGCCAGUGUGCAAGGUGGGUGAUUUUGGGCUUUCAAGAAUCAAAAGAAAUACUCUAGUUUCUGGUGGUGUACGGGGAACGCUUCCAUGGAUGGCUCCAGAGCUAUUGAACGGAAGCAGUAGUCGGGUUUCUGAAAAAGUUGAUGUUUUCUCAUUUGGCAUUUCCAUGUGGGAGAUUUGGACUGGAGAGGAGCCAUAUGCAGAUAUGCACUGUGGUGCCAUCAUAGGUGGGAUUGUAAAUAACACAUUAAGGCCACCUAUCCCAGGACCUUGUGAUUCGGAGUGGAGAAAGUUGAUGGAAGAGUGCUGGUCACACGAUCCAGCAGCAAGGCCAUCAUUCACAGAGAUCACAAACAGGCUGCGAAAUAUGUCUGUGGCACUCCAAUCAAAGAGAUACAAUAGAGUAAAAAGAUGAGAUUCUACACAUCUAUGCAAGUCAAUAGAACAAAUUUCCUAGUGGAGAAGAAAAGGAAAAAACAAAUAUUACUCCAGCCCUUGUUUCUGAUAAUAAGUAAAUAUUGCUCAAUUCGUGUAAAUUAUCUGUGGAUAGAAAUCAUUUUUCCUACUUCUCAAAAUUACAUUUAUUCAAUUAUUUCCC